AUGGCCAGGCAAAAGGCCACCUUCUGUCGCCACCAGGAACCUCCCGAGGACAAUUCCACGACUGUAUCUACCCCCUCCACCGCAUCAUCUAUUCAUACUACAGCCACGGCUGCUUCGACUCCUGCUGCGGGAGCUCGCGCUGCUGCGGCCUCUCCUUCUUCGAGAAUUACUCGCUCAGCCGCGAGACUUGCUGCAGACUCUUCCCGUCCCUCCAAUUCCGGUCCAUCUCCCUUGACCUCCGCCGCUGGCUCGGCCCCGACCCGGAAGCGUAAGGCAUCUGCUCGACGUGAUCGUCCGUUGGAAGAACCGGAACAGCCGACGCCUCCCUCCCCCCCCCCUUAG